AUGACCCACCCUACAACCAAACAAGACGAAGUUCCCACUCCUUCAGAGGUGGACGAAAGCUCCCCCUUAAUCCCGUCCACCCCUGACAACUGCAACGUGAGCGUCUUCGUCUCGCAGACCGACACUUUCCUGGUUCUCGCGGCAUACAGUUCCAUCACGGCCGAGUUCAAUGACCUCAAGAAUGCUAGUUGGCUAUUCUCUAGCUACAUGCUCGCCACAUGUGUUGGGCAGCCCCUGUACGGCAAGCUGAGCGACAUUUUUGGUCGCAAGGCGAUGCUUCAGACUUCAUACGUCUUCUUUUCAGGAGGCAGCAUCAUCUGUGGCGUCGGAACUUCAAUGCCUCAGAUCAUCGUCGGCCGGGUUAUCCAGGGGAUUGGGGGGGCUGGCAUGGUCUCUCUGGUCUCCGUCCUGAUCACAGAUCUCGUACCCCUGAGAGACGUUGCAACCUAUCGAAGUUAUGUCAAUAUCGCCCAGACCGCGAGUCGCUCAUCUGGCGGGGUUAUCGGGGGGUUCCUCACCCAAACGAUCGGCUGGCGAUGGGCCUUUCUCUGCCAAGCUCCCUUGACCAUUGUCGCGAUGGUACUCGUUGCUUUCAAGUUGCCCAACACAUACGUCACUACAACAAAGACGUGGAGAACCUCUCUGAAGCGUGUCGACUUUGCCGGCGCUGCUGCUAUGAGCUGCACUAUCCUCUGUCUUCUGCUCGUCCUCGACAUAGGAGGGGACAAAAUGCCCUGGUCGUCGCCUGCCCUUGUGUCCCUCGCUAUUCUCGGCAUCCAUUUCAGCGCUCUGUUCUGCGCCGUCGAAAAGUUCUGGGCAACUGAGCCCAUCUUCCCCUUGCACCUUCUGGCUAAUGGUCAUGUGGUCCUCUUUUACUCGGUCAUGAUACUUUGCUGCUCUACCCUGGCCGGCAUGAUGAUGUUUGUUCCUCUUUACUUUCAAGUUACACGCAACGUUUCUCCCACGAUUGCCGGCGCAUCUCUCAUCCCAUCUGUUCUGGGUAACACCCUCGGUGCUUUGCUCACUGGAGCGUACAUCAAGAAAACCGGUCGGUACAAGAUUCCAUGCAUCAUCUCUGGAAUCUGCUCUUCCAUCGCUUGGUCGCUAUUGCUUGUCUGUUGGCGUGGGUCGACCUCCAGUUGGCAGACGCUGUUUCUUUUCCCUGGAGGCUUCGGCAUCGGUCUUGCUCACGCCUCUCUGUAUAUUGGGCUCGCGGCUAGUGUUGAGAAAACAGAAAUGGCGAUUUCAGGUACUGGAUAUUAUCUUUGUGGCAACAUUGGUGCUGUCGCUGGCUUGAGCGCACACAAUGCUUUGUUCCAGACUACUCUGCAACACUCUCUCGAAGUCAAGCUUGAUGGUCUUGUAGAUGGUGAUGAAAUUGCCCAACGAGCGAUGGAAUCUCUGGAAUAUGUCAAGGGCCUCACGGGCGAGGUGAGAGAGAUGGUUACGGAGGCUUAUGUCAACGGCUUUCAUGCAACGUAUGCCUUGCUUAUACUCACGGCUGUUGUUACUGUAGUCGUGUCUCUUGGCAUUCGAGAGAAGCAUCUCCAGUAG